AAGAAUGGAGGGAAGAAAAGAAUGGAGGGAAGGAAAGAAGGAAUGAACAAGGGAGGGAGAGAAAGAGGAAGGAAGGAAGAAAGGAAGGAAGAAAAAGGAAGGGGAGGAUAAGAAAGAGGUAGUAAAGAAGGGAGGUAGGGAGGUAGGGAGGGAGGAAGGAAGGAGGAAGGAUGGCAGCUAGGUAGUAAUAUUUUGGACAGGAAGUCAACCUCUAUUGUGAUUAAGUUAAAACACAAUUGAUUGCCACAGCUUUUCUUGGAAUAUUACUGUUGAUUUUUUUUUUUUGUCUUACUAUUCUCAGAACUAGAACUGGGCAGUAAAGGAUGAGUGGGGAGGGGGAGGGAGAAGCUACGGCAUAAAGAAGCAAUAUUUUGACCUUCAUCCAGGAUUAAAUAAAGCUAAGGACGUUUGUCCUAGCAUGCCUAUGAAAGGUCAGUCUAUGACUUUCAGACCCAGAACUGGCAGAACUGCUGAAUACUACUACUGUAGUGUCCCUCUUCCAUUCCUCUGUCUACUGGAAAUGCUUGCUAACAUUACGGGGUCAUUAUCACUGUUCAUCCCUGAAUCCACAUGGAUGAGUAUUCAGGGGUGACAAAAGUUUUUCUUGUAGAAAUCCUAGUUGAGUUGGCAAAGUACAGCUUCCUAAGAUAAGGUUAUAUGCAUAGUUAAAUAGAACAUGGUGUAACUAGCAACCAUUGUUGAGGUAUAUUUAGAAGUAUGCUUGAAAAUGUUUUAACCACUAAUCUCAAAAAAACAAGCUCUGAUAUAUGUCCUCACAAUACACUUAAAAAAAACCCCAAACUCUUAUCUUCCAACUUGGUAUCAAUAUUAAGUAUUGGUUCUAAGGCAGAAGAGUGGUAAGGGCUAGGCAAUGGGAGUCAAAUGACUUGCCCAGGGUCACCCAGCUGGGAAGUAUCUGAGGACAGAUUUGAACCCAGGAAUUCCUAUCUCUGGGUCUGGCUCUCAAACCACUGAGCCACCUUGCUGCCUAAAUCUCACAAUACACUUUAAGUUAUAUCAGCAUUAUUAACAUUUUCCCCCCAUAUUUUCCCUCUACUGCCUUCAUCCAACAACCUUUCUCUUUCUAUUUGUUGUUGUGUGAUUCAGUCAUGUCUGACUCUUCUUAACUCCAUUUUGAGGUCUUCUUGGCACAGAUACUGGAACAAUUAGCCAUUUUUUUCCAGCUCAUUUUAUAGAUGAGGAAACUGAGACAAACAGGGAGAAAUGACUGUAGGCUAUUUUGAUAAUUGACCAACCAAGCAAGAAAGCUUUGGAUUGAUGUGGCAUCCAUCAUUUAAAAAAAUAGCAAUCAUAGGGACAUGGAGAACAUUAUUCCUCUGUGCCUGUGAGAUCUUCAUCAGUAAGAUCUUGCCUAGCUUCUCAUCAGCCUUCAUUUACCAUGGGCCACUAUUAUUGGAUUCAAUGUAGAUAACUCCUUGUGAAUGAAAAGAGAGGCAAAGGGAACCAUUUGACUAUAACUGAGAGUGAGUUCUAGUUUUUUUUAAUUUCAUGUUUUCUUUUUUUUAAAGCAGGUAUUUAUUGACCAUAGAAAUUUAGGGUUUUUUUUUUUUAAACAUUAUUUUAUUUGGUCAUUUCCAAAUAUUAUUCAUUGGAGACAAAGAUCAUUUUCUUUUCCUCCCCCCCACCACCUCUCCCAUAGCCGCCUCUCGAUUCCACUGGGUAUCACAUGUGUUCUUGAUUCAAACCCACUUCCAUGUUGUUGGUAUUUGCACUAGAGUGUUCAUUUAGAGUCUCUCCUCAGUCAUUUCCCCUUCACCCCUGUAGUCAAGCAGUUGCUUAUCUUCGGUGUUUUUACUCCCACAGUUUGUCCUCUGCUUGUGGAUAGUGUUUUUUCUCCUAGAUCCCUGAAGAUUGUUCAGGGACAUUGGAUUGUCUUUAAUGGAGAAGUCCAUUACGUUUGAUGUCAGUGUGUCAGUCUCUGUGUACAAUGUUCUCCUGGUUCUGCUCCUCUCACUCUGCAUCAAUUCCUGGAGGUUCUUCCAGUUCACAUGGAAUUCCUUUAGUUCAUCAUUCCUUUGAGCAUAAUAGUAUUCCAUCAUCAACAUAUACCACAAUUUGUUCAGCCAUUCCCCAAUUGAAGGGCAUCCCCUCAUUUUCCAAUUUUUCGCCACUACAAAUAGCACAGCUAUGAAUGUUCUUGUACAAGUCUUUUUCCUUAUUAUCUCUUUAGGUACAAACCCAGCAGUGCUAUGGCUGGAUCAAAGGGCAGACAGUCUUUUAUCGCCCUUUGGGCAUAGUUCCAAAUUGCCCUCCAGAAUGGCUGGAUCAAUUCACAACUCCACCAGCAAUGCAUUAAUGUCUCAACUUUGCCAUAUCCCCUCCAGCAUUCAUAACUUUCCAUAGCUGUCAUGUUAGCCAAUCUGCUAAGUGUGAGGUGAUACCUCAGAGUUGUUUUGAUUUGCAUCUCUCUGAUUAUAAGAGAUGUAGAGCACUUUUUCAUGUGCUUAUUAAUAGUUUUGAUUUCUUUAUCUGAAAACUGCCUAUUCAUGUCCCUUGCCCAUUUAUCAAUUGGAGAAUGGCUUGAUUUUUUGUACAAUUGAUUUAGCUCUUUGUAAAUUUGAGUCAUUAAACCUUUGUCAGAGGUUUUUAUGAAGAUUGUUUCCCAAUUUGUUGCUUCCCUUCUAAUUUUAGUUACAUUGGUUUUGUUUGUACAAAACCUUUUUAAUUUGAUGUAGUCAAAAUUAUUUAUUUUACAUUUUGUGACUCUUUCCAAGUCUUGCUUGGUUUUAAAAUCUUUCCCUCCCCCUAGUUCCCACCCUUAUUUUACUUCCCUUUCUACCCCCUCCCUUGUUUCCCUCCCCUUAUUUUCCCUGUAGCCUUUCUAAAAUUAACCCCCUUCCCCCUCCCUCCCUUGUACUGCUUCCCUCCCCACCAGACUUUUUGUUACCCUUCUACUCCCCUAUAGGGUGCAAAUCUAUUCUCUGCCCCCAAUGGAUUGGAUUGUUUUUCCCUCUUUGAGUCAAUUUCAAAGCACAUAAAAGUUGAGUAUUUCCUGUCUCUGACCUCUUUACCCUUCCAGUGUAUUGAUGUUCUCCCGCCUCCCACCAUGAGCUUCUUUAUGACAUAUAAAUUUACCCUUGUUUGUUUCUUUUCCCAUUUAUUUUAAUAUUAACCUAUUUUUAAGCUCAGUUAUAUAUAUGUAUAUAUAUAUGCAUACACAUACAUAUAUAUUUAUGCAUGCAUAUAUCUAUAUACCUAUUUAUGUCUUGUCCUUUCAUCCUAUACAGUUUGUCACUUUUCCCUCUAAGUGUACUUCUUUUUGCUGCCCAGGUAAUAACAACAGUUUUUAAGAGUUACCAAUGACCUCUUUUCUUAUAGGGAUACAUAUCAUUUCUACUUAUUGAGUCUCUUAAAAUUUUUUUUUGUUUUAUUUUGUUUUUCUUUUUUCCCUCUUUUUUAAUUACCUUUUGAUGAUUCUCUUGAGUUCUGUGCUUGGACAUCAAAUUUUCUGUUCAGGUAUGGUCUUUUCUUUAUGAAUUCUUUAAAUUCUUCUAUUUUGUUGAAUGACCAUACUUUCCCCUGUAAGAAUAUUGUCAGUUUUGCUGGGUAGUUGAUUCUUGGUUGUAGACCUACUUUCCUUGCUUUCCAGAAUAUCAUAUUCCAUGCCUUUCAGGUUUUCAGUGUGGAUGCAGCCAGAUCCUGUGUUAUCCUCACUGUGGUUCCAUGGUAUCUGAAUGACUUCUUUUUGGCAGCUUGUAAUAUCUUUUCUUUGGUCUGAUAGUUCUUGAAUUUGGUUAUAACAUUCCUGGGUAUUGUCAGUUGGGGAUUAAGUACAGGAGGUGAUCUGUGGAUUCUUUCAAUCUCCACUUUUCCCUCUUGUUCUAGGAUAUCAGGGCAGUUUUCUUUAAUAAUUUCCUGUAGUAUAAUGUCCAGGCUUUUUCUUUUGUCAUGGUCUUCUGGCAGACCAAUGAUUCUUAAAUUGUCUCUCCUUGAACAAUUUUCUGACUCCUCUGUUUUGGAAAUGAGAUGCUUCAUAUUUUCCUCAAUUUUUUCAUUCUUUUGGUUUUGUUUUAUAGUGUCCUGCUACCUUGUGAGGUCACUUAAUUCUAGUUGUUGUAUUCUGGUUUUAAAGACUGGAUUUCAUCCUUGGCUUUUUGGUCGUCCUUUUCCUUUUGGUCUGAUUUUCUUUGGAGGUCAUCUUUCAUCCUCUUUACCUCAUCUUUCAUCUCCUUUUUCUCAUCUUUCAUCUUCUUCACCUCCUCUUUCAUCUUCUUUGCCUCAUCUUUCAUCUCCUUUGCCUCAUUUUCCAGCUGGUUGAUUUUGGCUUUCAAGACACUAUUUUCUUGUUUUAGUUCAAGUGCCUCUGUUUCCAGAUGACUUAUAUUAGUUUUAAAUUUCUUUUCCCAAUUGUCUUCAGCCUCUCUUAAUUGUGUUUUGAAUUGCAUUUUGAGUUCUUCCAAAUCCUGUAUCCAAUUCGCUGGGAUUUCUGAUUUUUCCUUUGCUGCUCCCUCCCCCUCUGUUUCGUCUGCUCUUUGCUUAUUACCUGUGCAGAAGCUGUCUAUUGUAAUUUCUUUCUUCUUUUUCUGUUGUUUGCUCAAGUUUACCCCUUCUUUACUCCCCGUAUUUGUCUGUGCUCUUGCUCCUCUCAUUUUUUUUUUGUUUUGGGGCUGUCAGUCUCUCCUCUUGGAGCUUUGUCAGAUCUCUUGGUACAGUCUCUAGGGGAGGAAUGUUAGCUUUCCUGUCCUAUGGAGGCUUUUGAUCGGAUUAAGUUCAACUGGGUUGGGCUGUAUGUGCUCUGAGGCCAAAGACUUCUGGAGGGCUGGGUCGCCCAGGCUCUCUCCAGUUCUCUCCAGCUGCUUCUCCACAGUCCCCAGGGUUCCCCGGUGCCUUUGCUGGCCCCGAGGUUCCUGUCCUUGCUGGAGGCCCUACACUCUAGGGGGGGAAGGAGUCCUGGCCUCCCUGAGCUCUGAGGAGUCCUGAUGGGAUUAGGUUCAACUGGAUUGGUCUGGAUGUGCCCCAAGGCAAAAACUUCCUGGUGAGACUGGAGCCAGAUGGAAGGACCCAGCCAUGGGCCUGGUGUCUCCCUGGCUUCCUCCCCGCUGUCCACGCUGGACACUUCAAGCCUUGUGCCCCACUGCUCACAAUGUAGACCCUGCAAACAAGCACCUUUGCCCGCCCAGAGGUUCCCACUGCUGCUGGGGGCUCAGUGCUCUGGGUUGGGGGGGAGGGGUCCUGGGACCUUCCUUCUGCCUUCCCCUUAGAUCCAUGUGUUCUCAGAUUCUGGCUUUUGGGGGUCGAACCUUUUGAUUUGAGUCCAGAAGGAAGGUUCCCCAACUCUGUCCUGUUGUUAAGUUUGAAUUUCAGUCCCCUAGGAGCAUUCAGUUUGUAAUUGGUAAGGAAGGGUUUUCAGAGGUCUGAACUUUUGCUGCUUCUAAGCCACCAUCUUUACUGGAAGUCAGAAAUUUAGUUUUUGAUAAAUCAAAAGAUCCAAGCUUUGGGGACAAGAACUCACUAUUUGACCAAAACUUAUGGGAAAAUUAGAUAAUGGUGUGGCAGAGACUUGGAAUAGACUAAUAUCUCCCAUAAUAUUACAAGACAAGGACAAAAUUAGUACAUGAUCUAAACAUAAAGGGUGAUAAACAAAAUAGGGAAGCAUGGAAUAUUUUACUUGUCAGAUUUACAGAUAAAGGAAGAACUUAGGACCAAACAAGAGUUAGAGAGCAUUAUAAAAUAUAAAACAAAUAAUUUUGAUUGUAUUAAAUUUUAAAGGCUUUGUACAAACAAAACAAAUAAGGAAAGCAGAAAGCUAGGAAAAAAUUUUUACAAGUAUCUUCAAUAAAAAUCUAACUUCUCAAAUAUGUAGAGAACAAAGUCAAAUUCAUAAAAAAUAAAGGCCAUCCUUCAACUGAUAAAUUGUCAGAAGAUAUGAACAGGCAGUUUUCAGAUGAAGAAAUAGACAUCUAUCAUCAUAUAAAAAAUGCUCUAUAUAACUCUUGAUUGGAGAAAUGCAGAUUAAAACAACUCUAUGGCAUCAUCUCACACCUAUUAGAUUGGCUAAUAUGACAGAAAAGGAAGAUGAUAAAUGUUGGAGGCAUACGGAAAAAUUGGGAUACUAAUAUAUUUUUGGUAGAAUUGUGAUCUAAUCCAACCAUCAGGGAGAGAAAUUUGGAACUAUGAUCAAAGGACUCUAAAACUGUGCAUACCCUUUGAUCCAUUAAUACCAUCACUAGGUCUGUAUCCCAAAGAGAUCCCCAAAAAGGGGGAAAGGACCUAUUUAUACAAAAAUAUUUAUUGUUAUUCUUUUUGUGAUAGCAAAGAAUUGGAAAGUGAGGAGUUGUCCAUCAACUGGGGAGUUGCUGAACAAACUAUGGUAUAUGAUUGUGAUGGAAUACUAUUGUGCCAUAAAAGAUGACAAGUAGGAUGAUUUUGGAAAAAUCUGGAAAGACUUACAUGAACUUAUGCAAAGUGAAUUGAGCAGAACCAAAAGAACACUGUAUAUAGUAAUAGCAAUUUUUUAUGAACUGUAAAUGACCUAGUUAUUCUCAGCAAUAUAUCUACCCUCCAAAAAAGAAUUGAUAGAGUAUGAAUGCAGACUGAAACAUACUAUAAUUCACUUUGUUACUUUGUUUCAUCCUCCUUCUCCUUCUUCUUCCUUCUUCUUUCAUUUGAUAUCUCAUACACAAAAUGAAUAAUAUGAAAAGAUGUUUUGCAUGAUUGAACAUGUGAAAUCUGUAUAAGAUUGUUUCUCAUCUCAGCGAGGGGUGAAGGAUGGGAAGGAGGGAGAGUAUUUGGUAUGUAAAACUUUAAAAAUGAAUGUUAAAAAUUAUUUUACAUGUGAUUGGGGAAAACAAAAUAUUACUAAGAAAUAAAUAAGAACAGGUAUUUAGAUCUUUUUUUUUAAACAUCUCAUCUUCCUCAAGAGAUAUCUUAAAUAACAAAAUCUUUUAAAACAAAAAAGGGGGGGGGGUCAGUAUAACUGGUGAAUGUAUUGAAAAAGUCCAAAAAAUACACAAUGUAAAAUACAUGUAAUUUUACUUUCUUUGCUAUUUUUUACAACUUCAAUAAAAAAUGUUUACCUGAAAAGUAUAAAAUAAAUCUCAAAACAGCUUAGCUAUUUGAAUGCCAAAGAAUAAUAUGAAUAUUUUCUACUAGUCAAUAGCAAUCUAGUGGUGCCAGGUUUCUCACAUGAAAAGUUCUAUAAUACUUGGACAGAAUUCAGUAAUACAGUCUAUAUCAGGACAUCAGUACUUAUAUACAGAAUAAAUAUUGGUCAAGAAAUCAGUCAACAAAGUUUGCAAAAUUAUACCAAUGGAACUGAUUUGCACAGUACCAAAUAAGGGAUAAAACAAAUAUAGAAACCAUCUAGUUUAAGUCCUUUCCAUAGGAGCACAUUCUCAGUUCCAAGUCCAAAACUCCCCUUUGGACUUAAGACUCAGACUUUUUGACUUUUCAGGGCUUCCUUGCUUGGCUAUUGGCAGUAUCCUAGCUGGAAUCUUGGCUCUGAUGUCCCUGUGGUUCCAGCUUCAGGGAAGGUGAGAAAAAUCCUAAGCACCUGAAACAGGGCAGAACAAAAGAUAACAAGACAAGACACCUGCAAUCAUACCAUGAAGGUCCUGAAAGGAGAUACAAUCUUUCUACAAGUCUGAGAUCCCAAGAUUUGUCGCCAUCACCUAGAAUCAGAAACAUCUUAAACCAAUCGGGAAUUCCCAACAAGACCCAGAGAAAAUCAUGUCAGGAGGGAAGAAGUCUCUGCUUUGGUCUCUGACCUGCACUGCCUGGCUCCUGAUGCUCCCAGGUGAGGGGCAAGAGGCUGCACAGCCUGAAGUGAUGACCCAGCUUGGUCUGGUCCGUGGGAAACACGUGGCUGUCAAGGGAACUGACCGUCUUGUGGAUGUUUUCCUGGGAAUCCCAUUUGCCAAGCCUCCUCUGGGAGCUGGGAGAUUCUCUCCUCCACAGCCUGCGGAGCCUUGGAAGGGUGUAAAAGAUGCCACUGCAUUCCCCCCAAUGUGUUUACAGGAAUUAGAAAGGACAGACCUCAUGAAAAAUACUUUAGAUGGGAAGCAGCAACUCUUCCCAAUAUCUGAAGACUGUCUCUAUCUCAAUAUCUACACUCCAACCUCCAGACAGAAGAAGGAUAAGUUACCUGUUAUGUUCUGGAUCCAUGGUGGGUCACUAGCAAUUGGAUCAGCUUCCUCACAGGAUGGAUCACCUUUAUCAGCCUAUGAAGAUAUUGUUGUGGUACUGGUGCAAUACAGAUUAGGAAUCCAGGGAUUCUUGAGCACUGGGGAUGAGCUUGCACCUGGCAACUGGGGAUUCUUGGACCUGGUGGCUGCUUUACAAUGGGUCCAGGGCAACAUUGCUCACUUUGGAGGAGAUCCCGGCUCUGUGACCAUCUCUGGACAAUCAGCGGGAGGAGCUGCUGUCUCUCUCCUUGUUUUGUCUCCACUGACCAAAGGCCUAUUCCAUAGAGCCAUAUCACAGAGUGGGGUUUCCAUUUUACCAGGCAUGUUGACAAAUAAUCCUUUUCCCGUUUUUCAAACUAUUGCUCAAGUCUUUGGCUGUGAAGGUUCCAGCUCUGCCAUUUUGAUCCAGUGCUUACGGAAUAAAGAUAACAUGAUAUUCACUAGGAAUUUGUCAUCUCUGCCAUUAAUCCCGAUGACAGUGGAUGGUGUUUUUUUACUAAAGCUCCCAGAAAAGAUGUUCUCAGAGAAUGAAUUUCCAAGAGUCCCCUAUUUACUUGGGGUCAACAAUCAUGAAUUUGGGUGGUCAAUACCUUUGGCAUGGUUUUCUAAGGAUCUGGAAAAUGGAAUGAAAAAAGAAAUUGCACUCAACAUGUUGAAGAACAGAAGCCUUAUCAUGGGCAUCCCCCCUGAACUGAUCCAUCUGGCCGCAGAUGUGUAUAUUGGUAACCAGACAGACCCAUUAGCCAUUCAGAAUGCAGCUCUGGACAUAUUUGGAGACAUGUUUAUUCUUCAAAGUCUGAAAUUUUCGGAGGAUCUCAGAGAUUCUGGUGUUCCAGUCUACUUUUAUGAGUUCCAGCAUCGGCCAAGUGCUUUUGAUAAAAUCAAACCUGCUUAUGUAAGAGCUGACCAUUCAGCUGAACUCCCAUUCAUUUGGGGGGGCCCUUUUAUGACAGAUGAAGGCUCCAUGCUGGCUUUUCCAGACUCCACUGAGGAAGAGAAGCAGCUAAGCAGAGCAAUGAUGAGAUACUGGGCCAAUUUUAUUCGCACAGGGGACCCCAAUGGAGAAGGGUUGCCCAACUGGCCUCUUUUUGACCAAUCAGAGUCAUACCUAGAGUUCAACUUGACCUUAAAGAUCAGAAGAAAACUCAAAGAAGACAAGAUGGGAUUUUGGAGAAAAUUCAUUCAUGAAAAAGUCAAGCCAUAUGUUGAAGGAAAGAAAGCACACGUGGAAUUGUGACUUCCCUGACACGAACUGCCUGAACACAUCAAGCCCAGAGCAUUUAAAGAGAUCAUUUUAAGAUCUUAGUCAACUUUUUGUAUUUGUAUAUAGACAGAAAAACCAAGACCACCAAAUAAAAGUUCACAACCAAAAUUAUAA